AUGUUUGCAGCAACGUCCAAACGAAGUAUACUAAGCUUGGGGUCCGGUGGUAUAUAUUCCCGAGGUGUAAUUAUACCGCUCAAUGUCCGGGCUUUGAACCCAUUUCCUGUCACCCUGAAGCAAAUCCAGCAUCAGAAGAAAAUUGACAACUUACCCAAAUGGCGACAAUGGGCAAUUUAUCUCAACAGCCAGGAGUUCAAGCGCAGUGCGACCGUUUACUACGUGGGAGGGUUUGUGGUGUUGUGUGUGGCGUUCUACUUCUACAUGAGAGAUCGGUACUAUGAAGAUAGGCAAAUCGAGCACAUUAAAAAGAAGUAUCUGGUGGAUCCUGCAAGUCUUAGCGAAUAUGAGUAUUUGAAGCUCAAGGCCAACAGCAACGAGAAGUUGCGUCCACGAGAAGAAAAAAAGUACCGGCUUUACCAGAUGAUGAGAAAAGAGUUCAGACGUAAGAACAUGCUUUCCAAGGACGUGAUGUUCGAGCCCACGCCCGAGUCUUUGGAUCAGUGGUACCAGCAGCAGGCGCGGAUUGGCACGAAGCCUAUUCCCGAGAUCGAGGGCCAGCACGAGGCGGUGGAGGUUGACAGCAAGGAAAAGGUCCCAUUGUCGAACCAUGACAAUCCACAUAUUGCCAACCCCGAAGAUACCACAGCGUUCUUCGAGGCCAAGGCCGCCGACUACGACAACGAGAUCAAGUGGGAGGAACGGGCGGUUCUCAUGGGAAAGAGAAGAAAGUGGUUAAUGAAGCAGUUGAAAGGAGAUACGCUUGAAGUGGCAUGCGGAACCGGUAGAAAUAUCCCAUAUUUUGAGCCAGCAGCGGUGGACUCGAUCACGUUCUUGGACUCAUCGAGCAAGAUGAUGGAACUCACAGAGGAGAAAUUUCGGCAAAAGCAUCCCCGAUUCAAGAAGGCCGCAUUCACGGUGGGAAAGGCUGAAGAUCUUGUGGAGUUGACCAAGGGUAACGAUGAUAUCAAGUACGACACGAUCGUGGAGGCAUUUGGCUUGUGUUCACACGAGGACCCAGUCAAGGCUUUACGGAGCAUGGGCCAGUUGUUGAAGCCUGGGGGGAGAAUCGUGUUGUUGGAGCAUGGCCGUGGUACCUGGGACUUUAUCAACAACCACUUGGACUUUAGGUCUGACAAGAGAAUGCAAACGUGGGCAUGUAGAUGGAACUUGGACAUUGGCGAGCUUGUGGAUGAGGCUGGGCUCGACGUGACGUAUGAAAAAAGGGUUCAUUUUGGUACUACGUGGAUGUUGAUUUGUAAGAGGCCUGAGGAUUCUAUUAGUAUUGAUGAGAAGCCGUUUUAUAACAAGUUAUUUGGCAAGGACUUUGAGCCAAUCAAGAAGCAGUAGUUGUACAUAGGGUAGAGUAUAUUAUAUUCGACCAGAGUUUCCGUAGAAGUGUUCAGGUGCUGAAAGUCACAAGGAAAGAGUACACACAAUGAACAUGAGUACAGACACAGUAUUAAGCUAGGCACGAUGAAUGUGGAACAGAAUAACUUGACAGACAUAAUCUUGAGAUACGGUGUUGCACCUAAAGAUAUAUGCCAGAAUCGGCACCAGAAUU